CUUCUGAGAAACGCCCCUCCGCCCCGGCCUUCACCUGGAGUUUCCUCAGGUUCCAGGUUUCCCUGCCAACCACGAGGAGUCCAGGGAGGAAAAGCGGAGCAUAGGCGCCUAUAACCCACGCCUCCCACGCCUUUUCCAGCCCGAGAUCGCCCAGGCAGGGAUGGGCGACAAGAUCUGGCUGCCCUUCCCGGUGGUCCUCUUGGCCUCUCAGCUGCUGCCUGGGGCGGCCGGCUUCACGCCCUCCUUAGACAGCGACUUCACUUUCACUCUUCCGGCCGGCCAGAAGGAGUGUUUCUACCAGCCCAUGCCCCUGAAGGCCUCGCUGGAGAUCGAGUACCAAGUUUUAGAUGGAGCAGGAUUAGAUAUUGAUUUCCAUCUUGCCUCUCCAAAAGGAAGAACCUUAGUUUUUGAACAAAGAAAAUCAGAUGGAGUUCACACGAUAGAGACUGAAGGUGGUGACUACAUGUUCUGCUUUGAUAAUACAUUCAGCACCAUUUCUGAGAAGGUGAUUUUCUUUGAAUUAAUCCUGGAUAAUAUGGGAGAACAGGAGCAAGAACAAGAGGACUGGAAGAAAUACAUUACUGGCACAGAUAUGUUGGAUAUGAAAUUGGAAGACAUUCUGGAGUCCAUCAACAGUAUCAAGUCCAGACUAAGCAAAAGUGGUCAUAUCCAAACUCUGCUUAGAGCAUUUGAAGCUCGUGAUCGAAACAUACAAGAAAGCAACUUUGAUAGAGUAAAUUUCUGGUCUAUGGUUAAUUUAGUGGUAAUGGUGGUAGUGUCAGCCAUUCAAGUAUAUAUGCUUAAGAGUCUAUUUGAAGAUAAGAGGAAAAGUAGAACUUAAAACUCCGAAGUAGAGUACUUAACAUUCAAAAAAAGGGGCAGAAAAAUGCAAUAAACUGUUACAGUCAAGACCAUUAAUAGUUGCUUGCAAAACGUUUUCAGGCAUUACCGUAAGUGUGAAAUAAAUAUUAAUUUUAACGUGAAAGGAAAGGCUUCACUUUCAUCUGUGCAAGUAAUCUUAUUGUUCCAGUUGUACUUAAGUGUAUAACAAGUAUUUUGCAGGUAUAAAUGAAUGAAGCCAUAUUAAUAACGGCAGUUUCCUACAUUUGAAAAAAUUUUGCAAAUGUCAUAGGUGAUUUAAAUAAAUGAACUUUGGGCCUAAAUGUAACACUGAACUAUGUUUUUAAAAGAUUGUUACCCAGAAGUUUCUUUGUAAAUGUGGCAAUUACAAAUUAACUGUAGAAGUUUUUCAAUAUAUUAAGUUAUAAAUCAUCUGAGAAUUACCUAAUCAUGGAUAUCUUUAGAAGACAAAGACUCAACUUUUCUCUUUUUACAUAUGUAUCUCCUAAAUGUAAAUAGAAACAUAGCUGUGAAAAACAGAUAUGUGGGAUUUUUAUAACCAAAUAUAUUUCAUUUUAAUAGCAAAUAGUUUUAUAUACCUAGCUUACAUUCCCAAAAGCUGACAUUUUGAAUAAUUCUUAAAAAUGCUAAGUCAUACUUAUUAAAAUUAGGACAGAUUUUCUCUUUGAAGAAUAAAGAUUGCUCCCAGUCUCUAUAGGAAUACAUUCUGUCUAAUCCUUAACCAAAAUAUAGAUUUUAAAAUUAAAUGUGAGGGAAAAUCAUUUUAUUUUUAUAUUAUCAACAGUGUUAUGUUAGUUUUAACGUGUUUACUGACUUGGAUAAUACAUUAAUACCAGCAGUUGUGAAGGAAAUAUUGCUAAAAGGAUCUGGACCUAAUGUAAGUAAAUAUCACUUUUGUGUUCUCAAAAUCAGUAAGAAAAGAAUAAACUCAAUAUAAAAGAAUUUAGAGAAUAUCCUUUCAAAAUAAAAUUCACUUAAACUAUAAAUAAAGUAUUUGGAAUCUGAUUGGCUCAUAAUGACUCAAUCCUAGUAUAAAUUAUGAGAUUAAUUUCCAGUUAACUGGAAGAAACUGGGUUUUAUUUUUUUACAAUUGUUUUAUUCUGUUUUGAAUUAUCAUUUAUAAGUAUUCAGGUACAUUUUACAAAACAUAAGCCCUACUGGGUAUAAAUUUUAUUUUUAUUACAACUUUAUUACAACUUUCAUAAAGUGACCUUUCUGAUCACUUUAUUUGACAUUCAGAUAAGGAUUAGAAACCCACAGAAGUUUAAAAACUCAAUAUGUGAAUAACCCUAUAGUCUCUGCCAUCCUGUCUUACUCAAGUACUAAUAAUUUAAUGAAUUAAAUAGAAUUUUUAGGUUAUACCCGUUUGUAAUAUUGUUUAUGACAUAUACAAGUUAGAAACAAUCAACUUAUAAACUUGAGUGUAGAACAACCUCUGUGGGUUAGUACUGCUGGAAUUCUUAAUAAGCAAUAAUGAUAUCCAGAGAGAAUGCUUUCAUCUAUAAUUUACACUCAAGAGUGGUACAAAAAGAGAUAUUUCCCUCCUUCUUAUAUAUUUCCCUCUAUUCUUCUUCAGAAAAGAAGUUUAGAUUUCCCAACUCUGAAGCAUUUUAAAAAUGAGAUAAGGUAUUAUUACCUUAAUUGGUCAAGAAAAUGCUCCUAAGUGUCCAGGAGUAGCCCCUAUAACACAUGCAAAACAAGGGCCAAUAAGAUUUUUGCUUAUGAAGAGCCCUCCUUUUUCCCCUUCUGAUACACUCAUAAUAAGAAGCAAACUUAAAGUACUAUAGCUAAUAAAACAGUACAGAUAUAAACUACUGCAUCUUUUCUAUAAAACUGUAAUUAAGAAUUCUACCUCUUACGUAUAGCUGGUUACUGUACUGUACUGAUUCUUUACCUAACAAUAAAUUUGUUACAUCACCUUCUA